CCCUUCAAGAAGUUGCUUUUUUACACAUCUGAAUAUGGAUUUUGCUGAGCAUUUCAAUACCAGUUUUGAGUUGUAACCCAUCAAUUAUUUCCCAACUUUAUUAAUUUUUCUAUCUGAGUUGCAGAAAAAUUAAUAUUUUAUUAUCUAUUAUUCACAUAUUAAAACAACAAAAAGCCCAAAGGCCUCUCUGUCAAGUCAUAUUCUCUCUCUCUCUCUCUCCCUCCCUUCUCCCCUCCCCCUCUCCUCUCUCCCCCUGUGGUCAUAAUUUGUACUAGAAAAGCUUUAAACCCUUUCAUUUUGAAUAGGUUUUAAUUACCCAAUGCAUUUUUAGUUACAAAUUUCUUUUUUUUUUGGGGGGGUAGGGUUUAAGGUUACAAAUUUCAAUUGGGUUGGUGUGUACUCUACUUUUGUUUUGUUUGCUGAAUCUGUACACCAUUAGUGCUAACGCUUUAACCUUUUCAUCUGGGUUGUUGAAUAGUUUGAUUUUCUUUGUGUUUGGUUUUGUACGAUUUAACUUUUCUGGGUAACAACUUUCAUUUCCCCUCUCUACUACCUGCCAAGAUUCAUUUUCAGGGUGAAAACCCUUAUUUUCCAAUGCCUCCUUAAGAUUUAUUGUGUUCUCAUAGGAGAGAUUGAAAUUCUCCAUCUGGGUUUUCUCAGAGUGAUGCAUAUUGAAGUCCCCAACAAUGGCUACUUUGGUCCCUGGUGUUCUAUUGAAGCUUCUACAGCAUAUGAACACAGAUGUGAAGAUUGCUGGUGAGCACAGGUCAUCUCUAUUGCAAGUAGUGAGCAUUGUCCCUGCACUAGCUGGUGGUGAACUCUUCCCAAACCAAGGGUUUUACCUCAAGGUAUCAGAUUCAUCUCAUGCCACCUAUGUUUCUCUACCUGAUGAACAUGAUGAUCUAAUUCUUAGUGAUAAACUCCAAUUGGGUCAAUUCAUACAUGUUGAAAGGCUUGAUGCUGCCUCCCCGGUCCCCAUUCUUCGAGGGGUUAGGCCGGUCCCGGGGCGCCACCCUUGUGUGGGAAGCCCUGAAGAUAUAGUUGCAACCAGAUCUUUGGGAUUCCUUAAUAAUAACAAUUUUGAAUCUUCUUCGGGUUCAAAACCCUUAGAUAAAUCAAAAUCAAGUGCAAAAGUAUUGGGUAAUAAUAGCCAUAGCCAUAGCCAUAGCCAUAGCCACGUUGGAGGGAAGGAUAGAUUAAAUGGUGGUGCUAGGGAGGAUAAAUCGGAUAAUAAAACACCGAUGUUGAGUCGAUCAAAGUCUCAAUUGUUGAAACCGGGUUUGAAUUUGAUAGAGAAGAAGGAAUCUUUGGCUAAAUUGAAGUCAUCGAAUUCAAAGUCAAUCCCUUCGUCUCCAACGAGUUGUUAUUCGUUGCCCACUUCUUUUGAGAAGUUUGCAAAUGGGCUUAAGCAGCAAGCGAAGAUCAAAGGGUUGGAGAAGGCAACGGCUAAAUUGGGAUUGGGGGAACGGGCCAGUUCAGCUCGUGGGGCAAGUCUGGCUGCAAAGAGGGCACCCGCUGCGAAUGCAAUCAAGAAUUGGGUUCAGGGGAUUGAGUUGGGUCCUAAAGCUUUGAGAAAGAGCUGGGAAGGAAACAUGGAAAUGAAGGGUCGAGAAAGUCCAAGAUUGAGGGGCACCAGGCUUGAUUUGAAGCCUGAGUCUCGGAGUACUUCUGUUCCUAGAAAAUCAACCAGUGAAAGGUUGCCAUCUAAAGAGGAAAACAAGGUCCAGAUAUCGAUGAAACCAUCCAAAGAGGAAAACAAAUUUCAGGUUGCAAAGAAAGUUACUGCAAAUGGAGAUUCGGAUGGUGUUGACAAGUCAAAUAAGCAAAGAACUUCUGCUGGAAAGAAAUCAUCUGGUGAGGCUGCUAAUCAUGGAUUACCAGGAAACUUGGUCAAGGUUUCUCUUAGUAAUAGGAGAUUAACAGAUGGAAGUGUUUCAUGGGCUUCACUCCCAUCUUCUCUUGCAAAGCUUGGAAAGGAAGUUUUGAGGCACAGAGAUGCUGCACAAACAGCUGCAAUAGAGGCAAUGCAAGAAGCUUCAGCUGCAGAGAGCUUACUUCGAUGUUUAAGCACAUAUUCUGAGCUACGUUUCUCUUCUAAGGAAGAUAACCCACAGCCUGCAGUGGAACAGUUCUUGUCUCUCCAUGCAAGCUUGAACAAUGCUCGUCUCAUCGCUGACUCCCUAUCUAAAACCAUUCUGAUCGGUUCAUCUCCUGAUCCUGAAGAAACCCCCACAGAAGAAGUACUUAAGAUUGCAACAGACAGACGGAAACAAGCAGCUUCGUGGGUCCAAGCCGCAUUAGCGACCAAUUUGUCAUCCUUCACGGUAUUUAGCAAAAAAUCUGCUUCAACCCCAGUUCCAUCUCCUACUCCUGCUCCUAACCCCAAAACCGUCUCUGGAAAUCAACCCAUAAUAGUUCUCGAGAACUCUGCAAAAAGUGCUUCAACAAAAGUUCAAGCCAAAGCACGCCAAUCAGUGAGCUCUAAGAUUGCCACCCCAGGAACUCCACGCAGACUAGUGGACGUGCCAGCGGUUAAUCAGAAGCCACCGGCCCCACCUCCAAUAGAAUGGGUCAAAGGAGAUGGUCUAGAUGAAGCUGUUGACUUGGCAGGAAGGUUGCGGGUGGAAUCUCAGGAUUGGUUCUUGGGAUUUGUAGAGAGAUUCUUGGAUGCUGAUGUGGACACCUCGGCUUUAUCGGAUAAUGGUCAAAUAGCGGGCAUGUUGACACAGCUGAAGAGCGUGAACGACUGGUUAGAUGAGAUUGGAUUGAGCAAGGACGAAGAAGAAACUCCCUGUAUCUCGCCAGAGAUGAUUGACAGGAUAAGGAAGAAGAUUUACGAGUACCUUCUUACGCAUGUGGAAUCUGCUGCAGCUGCACUCGGUGGUGGCCCACAAUCAUCACCGACUAUGGAAAUCAAAGCAAGAAGAUGACAAUAAUUACUUUCCGCUUGGUAAUAUUGAAUCAGGGCCCUUCAACUGCAAGUAGUUAAAGGAGCUCAGUCUUUUGAUUUAUGUAUAUAUAAAUCCUACAGUUGGGUUCAGUUCAGGUAUAGAUUAAAUAGUUAUUGACAAUCAAGAAGCAUAUUUGACAUGGAGUUUUUCAAGGAUUUCUUUUUCUGUUCUUUUUUUUUCUUUCUGUUUUUCUGUUUUUCGGUUUCUAUUUGGAACUUUCUUCAUUCAAACCAUACAAAUUGAAAGAGUUUGAAUAGGAUUCCCUUAACAUGUAUGUGUAUGUUCUACUAUUUCAAUUCAGAUUCAAAGGUUGAUAUGUUUUCUA